UUGUGUCUGCAGGUCAGGUAAUGGUAGGAAUGUUUUAAAUUUUAUUUAUUUAUUUAUUUAUUUUACCACAGAAUCAGUUGCAAUAUGUAGCACAAACUUUUUAGUCGCAUUAUUUGUGGCGAUUUAAAUAUCCUCCCUGACCUUGUUCUCUUUGUCCAUUCGUUACAGUCACAAGCACGGCCAGUCAUAUGAUUGAAUUGCAACUUGCCUUACUCGGAGUCAAUUGAUUUGGAGAUUAAUAAUUUAAGAGGAAUGUGUAAUGAUGUGACUAAAUCAGGCAUUGAUUUUGCUACUCGGAAAAUCGCUAACAUGCUGAAGCCCCAAAAGGUGAUUGAGCAGAAAGGGGAUUUCUUCAAAGUGCAGACUCUAAGCACCUUCCGGAAUUACAACGCGGAGUUCACAGUGGGGGAGGAGUUCAACGAGGAAACCAAAGGACUGGACAAUCGCAAGUGCAAGACGCUAGUUACGUGGGAUAACGACAGACUUGUUUGCGUGCAAAAGGGAGAGAAGAAUAAUCGAGGCUGGAUACAUUGGAUCGAGGGAGACCAGCUAUUUCUGGAACUAUCCUGUGAGGAUCAAAUCUGCAAGCAAGUUUAUAAGAAGGCUGAUUGAUUAAUGUUUCUGGGGGGGGGCUAGUGGUUUAAAAGCAAUUUAAUAUGUAAUAGUCCAUCUGUAUGUUGGUUGUAAAAAAAAAAACAACUCUUAAUUGUUCAAGCAGUGAGGAUAGCCUAUACAUUAUUUUACACAUUUUGUUUGACUUUUUUUGUAUUUUACAUUGUUACUUUUGUGGGGGUUUUUUUGUUUUAAAUGCUUUGCAGUUGUUUGUGUUUGUAAAGAAUAUAGAAUUCAACAAGGAAUAUUCUGUAGACCUGCCAUCUGCUGACACCAAUAAAGUAUUUUCUCAGCCAAA